UACUUGGGAGCACAUUCUCAUGGUCAUGGCCCUCACCCUACAUCUGUUGAACUUGAAAUUGCUACUAAUUCUCAUUAUGAUUUACUAAGUUCAACCUUGGGAAGCCGGGAGAAAGCAAAAGAAGCAAUAAUUUAUUCAUAUAACAAACACAUCAAUGGCUUUGCUGCGUUACUUGAAGAGGAACAAGCAACAUAUAUUGCAAAAAAAGUAAAUGUAGUGUCAGUGUUCUUGAGCAAAUCUCAUAAACUGCACACUACAAGGUCAUGGGAAUUUAUUGGACUACAAAGAAACGGUAAGAGUACUGCAUGGCAAAAGGGGAAGUUUGGUGAAAAUACAAUAAUCGUAAACAUUGACUCGGGUGUUUGGCCGGAAUCCCAGAGUUUUAUCGAGAAAGGAUUUGGACCUAUCCCAUCAAAAUGGCAUGGAGGAAAAGCAUGUCAAAUUAGUCAAUUCGGAAAACUCAAGAAAAAUCCUUGCAACAGUGAUGGUGUUGAUAUAUUAUCACUUUCAGUUGCUGGCCAAUAUCUUGUCUAUCCUGAAGAUAUUUUCACAGAUGAGGUUUCAAUAGGUGCAUUCCAUGCACUUUCUAGAAACAUAUCAGUAGUUGCCUCUGCAGGGAACGAUGGACCAACCGAAGGAAGCGUGGUGAAUAUAGCUCCAUGGGUAUUCACAAUUGCUGCUAUCACGGGAGCUAGUCUUUUUGUAACCUUACCGCCUAAUAAGUCGUUUUCUCUGAUUCUUGGUACGGAUGGUAAACUUGCCAAUGCGACAGAUCGUGCUGCGCGACUUUGUAGGCCCGGAACACUUGAUCCUUCAAAAGUGAAGGGCAAAAUAGUGGGAUGUGAUCGAGAAGGAAAUAUAAAAUCAGUUGCUGAGGGUCAGGAAGCUUUAUCAGCAGGUGCCAAGGGAAUGCUUUUGAGCAAUCGACCACAACAAGGGAAAACAACUCUUGCUGAGCCUCAUGUUUUGUCUUGUGUGGGUAACGGGCAAGAUGAAAACACUCCAGUUAUUAUCAAUACAACAGAACCUGCAGGGUCACAUGCUGCUUAUGACAUAACUUCCAUGGACUCUAAAUUAAAGUCGGGUACCACAAUAAGGUUUUCAGGAGCAAAAGUAUUGUAUGGAAGAAAGCCAGCUCCAGUAAUGGCUUCAUUCUCAUCUAGAGGACCAAAUAAGAUUCAGCCGUCAAUACUCAAGCCUGAUGUAACUGCACCAGGUGUGAACAUACUUGCUGCCUAUUCAUUGUUUGCAAGUGCAUCCAACUUAGUAACAGACAAUCGCACAGGUUUUCCAUUCAAUGUUAUGCAAGGAACUUCUAUGUCUUGCCCUCAUGUGGCCGGCAUUGCAGGACUUCUCAAAACAUUGCAUCCUAAUUGGAGUCCAGCAGCUAUUAAAUCGGCUAUCAUGACCACAGCAACCACACUAGAUAAGACAAACAGACCAAUUCAAGAUGCAUUUAAAAAAAAACAAGCAACUCCCUUUGCUUAUGGUUCAGGGCAUGUUCAACCUGACCUUGCAAUAGAUCCUGGACUUGUUUAUGAUCUAGGCAUUAAGGAUUACUUGAAUUUCCUAUGUGCUUAUGGAUACAACCAACAACUUAUUUCAGCACUUAAUUUCAAUGGUACAUUUGUUUGUUCCGGAUCUCACAGCAUAGAAGACUUUAACUACCCUUCAAUCACGUUACCGAAUCUUGGGUUAAAUGUCGUUAAUGUCACUCGGACGGUCACCAAUGUUGGGUCACCCGGCACAUAUGUAGCAAAAACCCAAUUGACUGGAUAUAAAAUUGCCGUUGUACCAAACUCCUUGACUUUCAAGAAAAUUGGUGAAAAGAAGACAUUCCAAGUUAUUGUGCAGGCAACAAAUGUGACUCCACGGAAGAAAUAUCAAUUUGGAAAUUUGCAAUGGACAGAUGGAAAACACAUUGUAAGGAGUCCUAUCACCGUUAAGCGCAAAUAAACGUUCCUGUUUCGUUCUGUCAGGAUAUUACAGUGUGCAUGCACAUGCCAAUGUAUUUGAGUAUUAGGAUUUCAUGUUAUCACUAGUUUGUGGGAUCUGGAUUGCAUGCAGUCAAAUCAGAUCUGAUAGUUUGAUUAGGAUCAGGCGGUUCUAAAUUAAAACAGACUUUUCUUUUUAUUUAAACUAGUUUAAGUUUGUACCGUCCGAUCUUAAUCAGACGGUCAGAUUUAAUUUGAUUGCAUGACUGCGACUGCAAUCCAUAUCCGUAGUUUGUGUGCCUUUUGUUAUUUUAUCCUUCUUUGGUUGUUUAUGUUUUAUUG